GCAUCGUCGAGUGGGGGCUCAGGAGGCGGGAUUAAACUACAGCAGAGGAAGUUUCUAGACGGAAGUGGAUUAUUAACAACAUGGAUGAAUCCGGUUUUGUUCUCACUCCUACACACACGAUAACAGCUGAUCACAACAGCCCAGACGUGCUUGACUACCAUACACCGCCUGCCGCGCCCUCUCACGUAAGUAGAGGAAGAAAAGUUUUUGUCAACUCGCGUUCAUUCUCCACUUUAACAACACAGCUCAGUUCGGUGGCCGACCACACGGCGCUCAGCUCAAGUUUAGAUAACUCUUUGCGUGUACGACACGAGUGGGACUCGUCUCCACUAAAAGAAACAAAUAAAAGCUUGCUAGUUUCAGACGACAGUGGACUUGUUGAUAGUUUGACACAAGAAGGUGAGUCGGAAAUUUGUACUGAAACUCACGCGACGCUGAGCCCUUCAACUCGCGCACACAUGGGGACAAUGCUACUCAAUGAUGGUUUGAGAAAAACAGACAGUUUUGGAUUCCACAUUGGUCAUUACGCGCCAAAACCAAAAGAUGUCAAAAAACCAGGGGAUGUGACUCUAAAACAUAAAAACUCCACACAUCAGACGGCAGAAUUAUCCUCAGACACUUCCAGAGACAGUGGCCUCCAUCUGCCAUUUCAGCAAGAUGGCCCUGGAGCAAACAAUGGCCUUGACAUUGGGCCAUGCGAGGACGACCCCGCGUCCCUCAUGCCGCCCCCCUUCUCCAAACGAGAGCAGACGCCACAGUUCCACAGACAGCUGAGCAAACGGAAGAGUGACACCCUGGACUGGCCGGGUAGGGCGUCCGACGAGCGAGAUGACAGCUCGGAGAGCGAUGAUGAAGAUUUCUGCUCCACUGGACACAAGAGUGACCCGUGUACCCCAACGUCACCAAAAACUCGGAAACGAGAAAAGUACGAUCCUUAUCAAAUAUUUGAGGUACAGCACACGCCCUGUCUUAUUCUCUCAGUCAAAGUGUUAAGGGGAAGGAACAUAACUAUGGGCUUUCAAGACUACUAUGACACCCCUGACCCUUACAUCAACCUGGUUCUGAGAACGUCACCAGAAGGAAAGAAAUCAACGACAGUGAAAGAAAACUGCACGAGCCCCGAGUGGGAUGAAACCUUCACAUUUUUCAUCAACUUUACCCAGCCAAACAUCCUGGAAAUUAGUUUAAUGGAAUCCAAUUCACUGUGGUUUGAUCAGAAAGUUGGGACGGCUUAUUUUGAUAUUGUCAACAUGAAGAUGAUGGACACCCCUCAGGUGGAGACAUUUAUCUUUAAUCAGGUUUCUGAAGUGGAUAUAGAGUUUAAAUUGGAAUUUGAUCGAAAUCCCACUCUGCGCUACAGCCUCUGUCUCAGUGAUGCAGAAAAAGAUUUCAUCAGCAGACGGCAGCUAAAAGUUUUGGAAGGCUUGAGAAAACUUCUGGGAGAUGAGGAGUGUCCAUUGAAUAUUCAUGAGGUUCCGACAAUUGCUGUCAUUGGAUCAGGAGGGGGCUUCCGUGCAAUGACCGGCUACAGUGGUGUUUUCAAGGCUCUUGUGGAGUCUGGUGUUAUUGAUUGCACCACAUUUGCAGGUGGACUUUCUGGCUCUUCAUGGUUUAUCUCAACUUUGUACUCACACCCCAAGUGGCCAAACCUGGAGAUGGAUGAGUUUCUAGAAGAACUCAAGAACAGCAUUGACAAAAGUUUGCUUCGUUUCUUUAAUGCCACCACCAUCUAUAACUAUGCCAAGUAUAUGGUACAGAAACGUCGAGAUGGACAACCUGUUAGUUUCACAGAUAUUUUUGGACGGAUGGUUGGAGAGACACUGCUCAAAGAUAGAAUGGGAGCAACUUUGAAAGAUCAGAGAGAAAAGAUCAAAGAUGGGAAUGUUCCGAUGCCUUUAUACACUUGUGUUCAUGUCAAAAAAGAUGUGCCAGCAAAAUCUUUCCAGGAAUGGGUUGAAUUUUCCCCUUAUGAAAUUGGUAUGCCUAAAUAUGGAACAUUUAUGGACUCAGAACUUUUUGGCAGCAAAUUUUUUAUGGGAAAACUGGUCAAAAAGUACCCAGAGCAGCCACUACAUUUCCUUCAAGGUAUCUGGGGCAGUGCUUUUUGCAUUCUGUUUCGUCGUCUGCUUGAAGACAACCGCCGCAUUGACCCAAUUGAAAUGAUCCGACUUGAAAUGACAAAAAAAUUGGAAGAAGAGCGUCAUGAAAGUUCCAGCGACCCUAGCGAUGAUGACAUGGAUGAGGAGGGGGAUGACAGCAGUAGCCUGGAAUCAAGCAUGGAGGACAGCGACGACAAAUCUCUGGACACAACAGAUGAAUCUUCUGGUGGGAUAGAACUCUCUCGGACUGACAGCCAUUCAGCUGUUGCUUUAAACAAAUCACUGGAAGAAAACUCAGGAAAGGCAGAGACGUCAAAUGGUGUUGAUGUCACCGCUGAUGCUGAUGAAGCCUACGAAGGAGAGGCGGAUGAACAGGAAGAAAUGUGUGUGAAAAGCUCUAUCAUGAAACAGAAGAAACUCCAUAUAGCCAAACCUGUUGUGAAAAAAUGUGAUGUAAAUUUGGAUGCCUCAGAUGGUUUGAAAAAAACAGUGAACUGGGGAGAAUGUCCCACUAGGGAAAAUGCCAGCCACGAAGACAAGAGAAAAGCUUACAAGCGGGCUGGCUCUUCAUUCAAAAAGUCUAAAAGUGGCUCAAAAACCUAUUGGAAGAAAUUAAUGCAGGGAGUUUUUGAAAGCAACUCUUGGGAGCUUUUAAGCACACGUCGAGGUCGAGCAGCUGUCAUCCAUAACUUCAUGAGAGGGUUGUCCCUCCAGCAGACCUACCCCCUCUCACCUUUCACCCCUAUAGAUAAGAGGGUCAAUCAAGGCGAUGAGUUUGAUGGAAUCUUUGAGAUGCACCCAACUACAGUGAAGCAUAUUUACAUGGUGGACGCUGGUCUGACCUUCAACUCACCGUAUCCACUGGUGCUGCGACCACAGAGACAGGUGGACAUCAUACUGUCAUUUGAUUUCAGUGCUAGACCCUCAGACAAUCAUCAUCCUUUUAAGGAGCUGCUGCUAGCUGAGAAAUGGGCUAGGCUGAACCGUCUACCGUUUCCACCAAUAGAUACGUCAGUGUUUGAGCGUGAGGGGAUGAAGGAACUCUACAUCUUCCGUGAUGAAAAGGAUCCACACUGUCCUAUAGUCUUUCACUUUGUCCUUGUCAACAAAACUUUCAAACAAUUCAAAGCACCAAAUGUACCUCGGGAGACACAGGAGGAACUAGAUUUUGCAGACUUUGAUGUGUUUGAUGACCCUAAAGCUCCUUACUCCACAUUCAACUUUACAUACACACACAAAAACUUUGAGCGUCUCAGCCAGCUUAUGGAGUUCAACACUUUACUGCAUAUUGAGGACAUUAAAUCUGUGAUCAAAGAGGUGAUCAAAAAGAAAAGGGAGGGGCCACCCCGAGUCCCCAUACAGUCCAAAGAUAUACAGCUGCUGCGCAUGAAGAGUGUUCAGGAGAUGAGGAAACUCAAAAGAUUUAUCAGCAAAAUUGAGAGCCGAGCAUCUGUGUACUCAACUAGCACACCGCCAACACCAUUCUACACCCCUACGCCAAACUGUGCCCCAUCGUCCAAUCCAUUCUUUUCAGCAUAUCGAGGAAAUGCAUCACCUAAUGCAUUACCCAAUGAACAUCAAAAAUCUGUCCAGCACCCAGUUACCAAGUCAGGUCACUUUAAUCGCAGGAGAGAGCAUUGUUCGUCAACGUCAUCUGAAGAAAGUGUAUUUGGCACUCCACCACAAGCCACUGACUUCUCCAAACACAUGGCUUCCUUAUUCCAUCCAGAUACAAGAAAUGACAACCUUCCAGCAUUUGACACUUGUGAUGGUGCACCAACUGAUGACUCUUCAGUACAUCAGUUAGUCAGUAGCUCGCACUCACAAGCAGGCAGAGUUUACAGUAAAAAUACUCCAUCUCCACUUACAAUGCCAACUGGCACAUACAAUCCAGACCUUAGUUCAACAACAGAUUCUACUCCAUCAACUGGCCAGUUUUCUGCAAAGAUUAAAACUAGAAAAGAAUCUCCACCAAAUCCAUUUUUCAAAAAUGCUCAUUUCAUGCGUUCUUGCUGUAAUUCUAUAUCAUCUUCUUCUUCGUCAUCAUCAUCCCCUUAUUAUGCUUCGAUUGAAAGUGAAAGAAAUUAUCAUUCAUUAAAAAGGAAACCUCGCAAACAUAAGCAAGCAAUAAAUGACAGUAUGGAUGAUUUGCCUAGAGAGAUGGACAGAGUUGACACCAUCACUGAAAUGAAUGACAGCACAGAAGACCUUCUAAGAGACGGAGAGAAAGUGUAUGACAGCAUCUCAUCUCAAGACUCCAUGGAAGAGUUCAGCAUGGCAGCUGAAGCUUUCAAGGCUGAUGGGACGCCAGUCAUUGACCCAAGACAAGCUAAAAUGUUUUAUGAGAGCGUGAAAGAAAAAAGGAAAUUACUACGUCGCCAAAGUACUGUUUCAUCUCUCAACAGUAUAUCACUGGAUGAAUCAGGCCCAGUACAGGACAGCUGUAUGGCAGGGGACACCAGUAACACCAUCCUGCUUGAUAAACUGUGUGAUGGGCAGGCUUCUUCAGACAAAUAUGGGAUAGAUUUUGUGGAUCUGAUUCAAUUCAAUGGUACAGAGGACACUAUGUAAAGAUGGCAGGGUCACAAAAAACUUUUUAAAUGAACUUAUUACAUUCUAAUAUGUAGAUAUGUUGACUGAUGAAAUUUAUAAACAAUUAAAUUUUGAGUACAUUUUAAACAUGGUAGAGGUGUUCUCAUUGAUUACAAUAACAGGAUUCUAAACCU